AUCCUGCACCUGUGAAUACAAAAGGAUGAUCCAAGGUCUCUCCUUUCCUCUAUUUACUUGUUUCUUCUUCCUUUUUAUCCUGCUCAAGCGUUGGAAGAAGUCCAAAGCCAAAGGCCAGAACCAGAAGUUUCCCCCAGGGCCAUGGGAACUGCCAUUUAUAGGGAACUUGCACCAGCUGGCUUUUUCAUCACAACUACAUCGUUCCACGACAGACUUAGCCAAGAAACAUGGACCUAUUAUGAAACUGCAACUUGGUGAGGUGUCGGCUAUAAUCAUUUCAUCGCCAACAGUAGCCAAACAGGUGCUUAAGACACAUGACAUUGCAUUCGCAAAUCGACCUGGCAUCCUUGCUGUUGAAGUUGUGACCUAUGGUUAUUCAGGUAUUGUCUUUACUCCCUACGGCGAUUAUUGGAGACAAAUUCGAAAGAUUUGUGUCAUGGAGCUCCUAAAUGCUAAGCGCGUCCAGUCAUUCAGAUCAAUAAGAGAAGAAGAGGUGUGGAAUGUUAUCGAAUCCAUUUCCUUGUCCGGGGGAGUUCCGGUGAAUCUCAGUGAGAAAGUCUUCUCCAUGAUGAACAGAGUAAUUUCCAGGGCGGCAUUUGGGAAGGAGUGCAAACAUGAAAAAGAGUUCAUAUCAUUGGUGAAGGAAAUCUUUAGCAUCGGCGCAGGCUUUCAUGUAUCUGAUUUGUUUCCUUCUCUCAAGUUCCUCAGUUUCCUUACCGGAAUGAAGCCUGCCUUGGAGAAAAUACACAGAAAGUUGGACAAGAUUCUCGAUGAUAUCAUCGAGGAUAAGAUGCAAAGAAGUGCCGGCGACAACGACGGCGACGACUCAGGUGAUCAUAACGAUAUAGUUGACGUGCUUCUGAAACUGCGGGAGAAAGGCGGGCUUGACUUCGAUGUCGGGAGAGACCACAUCAAAGCUGUCACUCUGGACGUGGUCUCUGCAGGAAGUGAGACUUCAUCAACUACAAUAGAAUGGGCAAUGUCAGAAUUGUUGAGAAACCCAAGAGUAAUGGAGAAAGCACAAGCCGAAGUGAGACGAGUCUUUGAGGGGAAGAGGAGCAUUGACGAGGCAGACAUUCAGAAACUAGAUUACUUGAAAUUAGUAGUCAAAGAAACUCUGCGGUUACACCCUCCGGCUGCCUUCAUCCCAAGAGAAUCAAGAGAAAAGUAUGAACUUUGUGGGUAUGUGAUUCCAAGCAACACAAGAGUACUCGUUAAUGCAUGGGCCAUUGGCAGAGAUCCAGAAUAUUGGAUUGAUGCUGAUUGCUUUUCCCCAGAGAGGUUCCACAACUCUUGCACCGAUUUUAGAGGGACCAACUUUGAAUUCAUUCCAUUUGGCAGUGGUAGGAGGAUAUGUCCAGGCAUAUCAUUUGCUUUAGCUACCAUUGAACUUGCUCUCUCUCAGCUGUUGUAUCACUUCAACUGGAAGCUCCCCAAUGAGAUCAAACCAGAAGAACUUGACAUGUCUGAGCUCCUCGGAUUAUCUUGUAAGAGAAGGAAUGAAUUAUACCUAAUUGCCACUCCUUGGAUUUCUUGUCUCAGUUAAAGAGACUGAAUAAGUAAUGCUAAGAAUCAGUUUUUAGUCAUCCUUUUAUUCUCCUAAAGUUAAUGUGGCUUUUAAAAUCAGCAUUGACUUUAGGAUGAAUCACCAUUGAAUUUUGAUGAAAUGAUGAUUUUAAAAGUCAUGUCAA